UCUUCUGUCUGAUCCUAAUCUUCUAGGUUAAACAUUUACUUUCUUGUUAUGUUGAAGUGAUAAAUUCGAUCGUAUAAUGGGUGUGUUCACUUAUGAAACCGAGUUCACCUCCAUCAUCCCACCAGCUAGAUUGUUCAGGUCUUUCAUUCUUGAUGUGGACAAUCUCAUCCCGAAGAUUGCACCUCAAGCAAUCAAGGGUACUGAAAUCCUUCAAGGUGAUGGAAAGCCUGGAACCAUCAAGAAAGUUACCUUUGGGGAAGGCAGUCAAUUCGGCUCUGUAACGCACAAGAUCGAUGGGAUUGACAAAGAUAACUUCGUUUACAAUUACAGUUUGAUUGAAGGAGAUGUGUUAUCUGAUCACAAGAUUGAGAAGGUCUCUUACGAGACCAAAUUGCUUGCAUCUGCUGAUGGAGGAACUGCGGUUAAAAGCAUCAGCAACUACCACACCAUUGCUGAUGUUGAGAUCAAAGAAGAGCAUGUUAAGGCUGGAAAAGAGAAGGCAUCUCAGCUCUUCAAGCUGGUUGAAGGCUACCUCUUGGCCAAUCCCGAGUCCUACAACUAAACUUGGUUAUACGUACGUUGUCUGGGUAUUACCACCUCUAUAUGAACUGUUAAAGAUGUGGUUUUACACGUACGUUAGUUUUUCUUCUGGAAGGAAAAAAAAGGCCAAGAACUUGGUUAUAUCAUGCAUGGAUAUAGACCUGUUGGAUUAUAGUAUUUAAAAAAGAUCUGAUUGUGGUAUUAUUUUCUAUAAAAUAAUGAAAAUCAUCCGUUAAUCAAGCCAUAA